AUGCAAGGUUUUCUUGUAACAGAUUAUGAACAUCGACGAAAUGAGUUUUUCAAUGAAAUGAAAGCAUGGUUAAAAAAUGGUCAACUAAAAUAUCUGAAAGAUAUUGCUGAAGGUGAAAAUCAAGCAACUCCACAAGCAUUUAUCGAUAUGUUACAAAGUAAAAAUCAUAGAAAACAACUCGUACGUAUUGCAGAACAAACCCAGGUCGCAGGAAAUGAGACAUAA